AACUUUUCCCUUCUGCAUUGUCACAAGUCAGAAUUUUUGUUGCUGUCGAAAGGUUAAAUAGCAUGUUCCACAGACACCCAUAUGCCAGCGUUUACAUAAUACUCUGUAAUUGUUUCCCACUCUAACUUAUUGAAAGUUAACAGGAAAGUAUUGACUUCUAGAUGUCUAUACAUAUAGAUAGAUAGUCUAUAUGUAUUACGUGUUGUCGAAUGUGAGAAUAGCACAGAUAGUACUGUGGUGAAUUUACACUGAGUGACUGUGUCCUGUGUCCUCAACCUUCCAGCCAGGAAGCUUGUUCACCUAAACCACACUAACUAUUAACAAUUAAUAAUCUUCUGCUGUGAGCUAGAUGUGAGAAGAGAAAACACUGGACAGUCUCCCGACCUGACUCUCUGAACAUUUUCCAGACUUGAUGUGUGAAAAUAGUUUCGGACUGCCACUUUUGCAGCAAUUUCCUAUCCAGUGUGUGUGUGCCAGCCAGGAAUCCACCCAAACUGAUGUGGAUCAUCUGAUUGAGUUUAAAGAUAAAUUCCUUGUUUCUUGUUUUGCCAAGCGGAAAGAAUGUCGGAAAGGGCCGAGGAUGACGUCAGGGGGGAGCAGCGCCGAGCGGCCAGGCAGCAGCUGAAGCAGCAGCAGAUCCAGCGGGGAGAAGGCUCCACAGCAAUGGCGACUGUUGCAGAGCGGAGAUCGUUGCCUAGUCCAGAAAUAAUGCUGGGACAGCCUUGGAGCAGCUGGGUCGACGCCGCCAAACUCCACGGCAACGACGGUGCUGAAUCGGAGGAAAGUUUUAAAGACUUCGGGAAAAAUCGAGAAGCCAUGCGUUUGUGCAGAGAAGACAUGUCCAUAUUUGGCCAGUGUCCCGCACAGGACGACUUCUACCUGGUGAUGUGCAGCCACUGUGGUCAGGUAGUCAAGCCACAAGCCUUUCAAGCACACUUUGAGAGAAGACACAGUUCGGCUAGCAAACCAGUGUCCACCUCGCCGUUUCCUGCGUCUGCCAGGAACCGGAGCAGCGGCAGUGGGAUUGGGCCCGGGGUGGGCUCGGUGUCCGUAGCUGCAGUGGCUACCGGAGGCAUCCUUGGUCGACCUUCAGCUGCUAGCUCAAGCUUACCCUCCUCUUCAUUGUCGUCCUCCAAUCCCAAACUUGUCAAACCAGCCAAAGAGAAGCUGCCAGGCAUUCAGCGAAGACCCCCCUUUGCCCCCUUCAGGAUGAACCAGCCAGAAAAGAUCCUUCCAGCUGUCAAGAUGGACAAGAUGCAUCCGAAGCCGGACACACCAGCUAAGCCAGCGCAAGCUCCAUCUGCCCCCGCCACCACCUCGUCCUCCUCUACAUCCUCCUCUAGCACCACUGUGAGCUCCAACACUACCGCCAUCACGACCUCCUCAUCAGCCCUAAAAGCAGGCCUUAACUGUCCCUCCAUACCAAAGCCUCCAUUACUGGCCCCAGGCCAGAUUCCCAAUGGCAAGGGCCACCUCACUGUCCUCUCGGAGAAGAAGCAGGACAGCAGCAGUGGAAGUAGCAGACGUCACGUUAACAAGAAAGUCACAGAACGUGAGUUUAAUCCAGAUAUCCACUGUGGCGUUAUAGAUGUGACAUCUCGAAAACCCUGCACAAGAUCCCUAACAUGCAAGACACAUUCCUUAAGCCAGCGGAGGGCGGUGCCAGGGCGGAGGAAGCGCUUUGACACAUUGCUGGCAGAGCACAAGAACAGAACAAGGGAGCGGGAGAGGGAGCGAGAACUCCACCAAAAUCAUUCCCAGCAAAACCCCCCUCUCAGGGACCCACACCCCUCUUCCCACCUCACCUCUGGCCAUGAUGCCCACCAGGUGGCUCAUGGAAACGGCCCAGCCCUUGAUGCCACUAAGCCUUUGCCAAUUGGAAAGCCCAAAUUUCACAGCCCUGGUCUUCCACGACUAAACAGCAGUCACGGAGGUGGUAUUUCUGGAGACUCUGCAGCAGUCCACGAGUCGCUACACCAUCCCCAAACGACUCCCGAUGGCUUUUCUAGACCAUCCAGUGAUGAGGGAGAGAAUGAGGAGCGUGAGGACAAUGCUGAGAAACUGGACUGUCACUAUUCAGGUUAUCAUCCACGACCGGCAGCUUACUGUACUUUUGGGAGUCGACUGUUUGGGAGAGGCUAUUAUUCCUUUGACCGGCGAUGGGACAAAGUGCGAUGUACCAUCACCACAAUGAUGGAAAAGCAUGUCAACUCCCAAAUGUGGAAGAAAAUCCCCUUAGCCUUGGAGAACUCCUCCUCUGUUGCACCCACCCAUAGGACAAGCACAAAUUCCCACUGUAGCACUCCCUCUUCAGGCUUCCUGGGCCCUCCUGCCACCUUGCCCCAGACUCCUUACAGCCAAUCCUACGAGGGCAAGUCAGUGCUCUCCUAUGGGACCACCUUAAAUGCCCGCAGCUCGCCGCAGGGUGGGGCUGAGCACCCGGCCUAUGGCACCACACAAGCCCGACAAGUGUCUUCGUCGCCGCAGAUGCCUUCAGCCCACUUGUCCUCAUCCUCUUCUUCUUCAGCUCCUUCCCUAACCUCAGGCCGGGUGCCUAAGUCCCGUUCCUCUGGCAGCAGCACUACCAAAUCGUCAUCAUCUUUUAAGCCCAAGGAGAGCUCGUCUGGCUCCUCCAUAACCGUCAUCCCCAACGCCACCAGUGGAGGAAGCACUGGAGCCAACAAUACCAGUAGCGGCGCUAGCUUCAGCUCGGGGAAGAAGAGGAAGAACAGUUCUAUCCUCUCUUCAUCCCAUGGCUCCACUGAAUCUUCCUCUUCCAAUGCCAACUUCUCUUCCUCCUCUUUUAAGAAGAACUGUGCAAAUGUCGGCAGCUCAGGGAGCACCUACCACCACAGCUCAUUAGGUCCUUCGUCCUCAUCGUCAUCCUCCUCCCAUAGUGGGGUUCACAGUGUGGGGCUUAACUGUGGGCCUACUGUGCGAACAAACUCCCUUAGCCUCAAGGCCGAGCUCUCUGGCAGUUCCGCCGGUGGCUCCUCUGGGCCACCAGCACGAGGUCCUCCCUCGGGCAGCCCCGCAGAGUCCAUCAAGCGUAUGAGUGUGGUAAUGAACAGCAGUGACUCAACCCUUUCCUUGGGACCUUUUGUCCACCACCAAUCCUCAUCUGACCACCACACCAGCUUUAGUCACCACUCCUCAGACGGGCGCCUGGAGGCCAAGAAGCGCAAAAGCGCUUCUGCCUCCAGUGUCGUAAAUAGCGGAGGUGGGGAAGGUGGGCUCGGAGUAGGAGGUGGGGGGCCAGGACCAGGUAGACCCAAAGUGGCCAAGUCACCAGCCAUUAACAACAUCCAUGGGAAGCAUGGGCGGAGUAUACCAGGGACACCGGGUCUACCCAACAACUCUCAUUUACAUCAGCCAAAGGCUCGUCCCUGACAGUGGUGUCCGGCUUCAGUGUAUGAAACUGGCAGGCGGGCGGGAAAUAAUCCAGAGUGGUCCGCAUACUGCUCUGGAAUGCAUGAGGCCUUCUGAAAUCAAAUCCACAUUACUCUCAGCUUCCCACAAUCCUCAGGGUGGAGAUAAUUUGGACUGCCCAAUGAUGUAUAUGUGGUCCUUACCGUUUCUCCCAAAGCCAUGUGUGUGUGAGGUGCGGGCAGGGGGAACUGAAUGGGGGAUAGCGUGGAGCGCCAGGGAUCUAAUGCGCAAGCCAAGGAUCCCCCCCACGCCACUGUUGUCCCAGUAUUCUGAGAGGUCUUCCUGUUUGGUCGGAGGAACAAUUGCAACAGCCAUCGGUCUCUUGUCCUGUAGUUCAAAGGUCAUUGGGUUCAGGUUAAGGGCUGCUGCAACAAGCCGUCAUGACACUGAGCAACUGGGGAGACAACGAGCAGAUCUCUUCCGUGUUUGUUUAAAAAAAAAAAAAAGAAGAAAAAAAAAAAGACUGUGUGAGAGUGUGUGUGUGCUUAUGUGUGUGUACGAGUAAUGUUUUUUCUCAUGUCAAAUUCUGCUGGACUACUGGAAUUUCCAACUUAAUUACACCCCCAGCGCCUGAUCUCAGAAGCCUUGCAAGCAAAGCAGUAGGAGAAGCAAACUGUUACUUGCAAAAACCUUAAGAAAAAUACACACAAUCACCUUGUUUCACUUCUUGUUAGUGUGAUUCUCCCUGGCGACAUGUUGAGUUACCUCGGGUAACAUGCAGUAGCCUGAGACGAGCCCGUAGGGAUGAUCUGGUCACUUCUUUUAUUACCCGGAAUAAUUAUGCAAGUGUUACCUUUCUAUGAUUUCUUAUGAUCUUUUUACACUGAACUACAAAGGGGCUUUGUAGACCUGGUGAAGACGGUUGUGCUUUUAAAUGUGAAAAGGACACCUGAUGUGCCCAUUCGAUUGGAUCUUUUGUCAGAGAGGGAGAGCUCGGUCUCGAAGAAGCCUGUUAAUUUUCGGAAUCUUUUCAGCGUGCAAAAUGAUAGCCACAGUAGACCUACCCCCAACUGUGAACAGCACUAAAUAACUACUUUCUCCACAGGCACUGCUUUAGUUGUCCACAAAGCAAGCCAAAAAGCUGCUAUCAGCUUUGCCAACUACUUUUAUUUUAUUUUAUUUUUUUAAGUAAAAGGUGGGCAGUCUUGCUUAUGAAGCAGUGAUGGCGCAUUUGUGGAUUGAAGAAAAUCUGUGCAAGCUGUAUAACUAUAGCCACAAGUUACUUAUACCGCUGAGUGAAUUCCACAGCUGUACGUGGGCAGAUGUGAAUUGUAUUUUAUUUUAUUUUUAAACAUAGGGAAUCAGGUAUGGUACGUCUUAACUGGAGCAAACUUGCACGUCACCUGUCUUCUGUGGGUAUGAUUGUCCCUCCUGUGUGUAACCACUACCCAAGCUCUGGACGUUACAGUUUGAAUGCCUCGCAGUAACACUAUGUUCAGAAGAGAUUUGUCACAGUAGACGAGGCAUUGUACUCUUGUUCCGCUGUCAAAAUAGUCUUAAAUCAGGCAAUACUUGCCCCACUCGUUGGGAAAUAGCUUAGGUCAAGAGGUCUCGGGGACGAGCGUUACAGUGUGAGAUUCAUGGAGAUGGCUUCACUGGAUAUAGAUCUUAGAUCUUUUGGCAACACCUGUUUUAUGGAACCUCCACUGAUGUCAAUUAGUGUGGAAAACCUAGACUUUUUUUUUUUUUAAAUCUUCAGUUAGCUUUUUUUUUUCCUUGUAGCCUAUGUAUCAAACAAGUAUUGAAGUAUCCCUAUUUGAGAAAACAUAUUUUGUUAACAAAUUGUACAUAGUUCAAAUAUGUAUUUUUGCACAGGCAUUUUUUUGUACACGCAGAAUUUUUGGUACAAUUUUGAAAACUCAUUAUUUAUUUAGUAAAAAACAAAAAACAAAAAAAGAUAAAGUCAGAGAACAUGACUAUUUGAAGUGGUUCACUGCCAAGUCUAUAUAAUGCAAUAUGCCUAUAUGUGGAAGCUGAAGCAUCUCAUGAAUCGUGUACUGGGAUCCUUUAGGGAAAGAAGUGUUGUCACUGUAGCAUGUGUCUGUAUGACAGGAAACCUUUAUUCACUUUUCAAGGUCUCAAUCACAUGUGCUUUUACAACACAUUUUAUGUUGCCUACGAAUUAACAAAAUAAGUUACUCUGCGACCCAAUUAGCCUGUGAUUCUGCGAUGUCGUGCAGGCUCGAAGCUGUGCCCCCGCUGUCUAACCAUCUCUCGUGGACUCUUCAGUCGUAACACUUUGUAAACCUUAAACACAUUUCAUGAUUGAAACACGUUCUUUUAUUCAAAAAAAAAAAAAAGAAAAUAGGCUGAAGGGACUGCAGAAAUUAUUGCAAGGAAUAGGAACAUUUUUACGGUCCAACUGCUUGCGUCGUUGUUGCCAAACGAGUAAUUUGAAUCACAGCUUUUAAAGAACGCGUUGAGCAGCUCUUAAAAGAAAUAUCAAAUUAAGAAAGUGCCUGAAUUUGUUUCAUCCCAACUGUUUGAAGACAGUAUUCGUUGGGUUGUUUUUCCCUUACUUGAAUGUUCAAAGUAUUUAGGGGAUUUGGCUUUAAGUCUGCCUCUGAACCCUAAAUGUAGUGGAACUUGAGCUUGUCAGCUGCCCAUUGCGAAACACUUCUGUUUUUGUUUUCCAUUGAGAUUUUCUUAGCAUCGGUGUGUGGCCUAAGCCCCCUCCGGGUUAUUAGGGUUUGUAUUUAAAAACUUCACUCAAGUGUUUUGUUUACCCUCAAUCUCUACUGACAUCUCGACUUUGUUUCCAGUACAAGGAAACAUUACGAGGAUGUUUUCUUUCUUAGCACCGUAGACUUGGAAUGUGAAAGUGAGAGAAAAUACAGCUUGUCUGGGAAGAAAAAAAUAAAACCACCAUUCAUACUAUGUAAAAGCGUGUAUAGAUUUUUUUUUUUUUUUUUGGGGGUAUACAUUAUCAGAAUCAUUUUCAGCUGGACUUAUGUAUUGGCUGCUAUGUAAUUCAUGAACAAAACAUAGGUUAGAAUUAAUAUUUAAAGUAAAGAUUGUAUAGUAUAUUUGUUUUGUAACAAGUUUCUGUAAAUAAAAUAA